GGAUUUCAGCGGUAAGUUGGCAAAUGGUCGUAUCUCACAAAUUUUGGUUGCCACAUAUGGCUCUGUCUAGGUGUGUGUGAUUCAUUCUUCAGUUUGUGAAUUUAUUACUAGUAGUAUAAAACUUUCGAUUUUUGUGAUCUCAAUGAUCUCAAUAUUAAUAAGCAACCUGACGGGUAUUCACAAGCAACCAAUUAAAGAGUCAAUAAAGGCGUAGAAGUGGGUAGUACAGGAUACAUUCCAAUGGUUAAAGGGGAUUUAUUGUGGAAACGCGUCAGAAUGUUUUUUUUCCUGUCAUGGGAAAUAAUGCGGAAUUUCUCCUUUUUGUCUCUAUGUCUAAAAAGUCGCCAAAUUGUCUACUUUUUGUCUAACGUGUCGCCUAAUUUUUUUACUGUACUCUUGGUCACACGCUCUGUUGUUCAUCUUUUGACUAACCCCAAAUGUCUUCCAUGUUCGGCUUUAUUUUCAUAACAAAUUACACGACGACUGCAAUCGACUACGUUUAAAAAUGAUACAUGGUUAAAGACAUUUAUUAACUAGAAGAAACAACAGAUUACAAAGGGAUAUUAGUAACAGAUACCCGAGCAACAUUCUUUAUGUAUUUGAUUGUAGAUAUUUCAUUAACCACAUCAACUUGGCCAUCUGCAAUACGAACAAAUAAUUGAAUGAAUUUUAUUGACUUACGAAUUUGUCCCUUAUAUCUUCUUGCUGAAGACAUGCGUCCAACGUUCCUAGUUUCUCUUUAGAUGAAAAAGCGAGCUGUGAACUUGAUAUUUCGAAACCAAGUUAUCGCGGAUGUUCACACCCACCAGACUUCAACAUUAGCUACUUAGUGUUGGCACUCAAGUCUGAAACAGCAGACGAUAUCUUCUGCAGCACAGCACACGGUCUACCAAAUCUUAAGCACUUAACUCAAUCGGACACGUGACUUGCUCGGCCGCUAAUGCACCGCCCACACGCCUCUACACGUACGUUGAAAAUGACGCAUCCAACUGUGUCGAAAUUGUUUAGUAACAUUUUUAAAGAAAACACCCCCACUUGGCAGCUGGUGAGAAAAAAAUUUCUAGCAAUCCAAAUUUAUGAUAUUGAACGUGGCUGUUUCCAACCUGCAUCUCGUUCACAUACAUAUCAACGGAAUUGUACAGAAACCUUCCCUUCCGUUUCAAUACACCUCCACAAAAUAUUAAUAAGAUUACUUUACCGACCUCUUUGGCUUCCCUUCAUUUAGUGGCAAGAUGUUUUCUUCCGUAAAAUUAGUGACACAGUAACCAGUCAAGUUGUUGAACGAAACCAACAAAUCCUUUGCAGUCUCGAAACUAUCUAUAGGAAAUGAUCGUCCCUAUGUUUGUAACUCGCCACAGCGAUGGAUGAUCUUUGGACUUUAGGAUUAAUUGUCACCUGAUUGGGAACUGUUCCACUGGUGCAUAUACACAAUAUUCGUAGGAUAGAGACAAAGUUCUCAGUUCACUGCUUAUCUGCAAUUAGAACCUGUCUCUUGCUUGGUGCGUCGAUAAGUACGAACAGCUUAUUACUCGGCUAAACAGUAUGUAGAAGGUAAGGAAAUGGUUUAGAGCAAUACCAUCAGGAAAGUUUUACAAAUUAUAUUCACUUGAACCUAUGUAACAAUGGAACAAUUACUGCAUCAUUAACACAGUUAACGACAAUACAUUUACAAUUAACCCAUAUGUUCUUGUGACUAUUUCGUUAAAUUCGAUCGGCUUAGCAUUCCCUCCAUAAACGCCUGUCAUGAACACGUCUCUAAAACUAGGGGCAACGAUGCGUCCUAAUAUAGGCCAUAAUCGUUGACUAGAGCUCCUUGAAAUCAAAUGUCUGUCUACAUUCAUAUGCAAGUCCAGUGUUUCAAAAUCACAAGUACUCCACCAAAGUUUUUAAUCAGAGAUGGUAGUAAACACCACUACUGAUGAACUGAAGUUGAACACUUGUGCACGUUCGUAGGACACUUCUAGUGCUGCUUGGUAAAUCUGGUACGAGAUCUCGAAAAGCAUUUAGGAUGCGAUCAACAUUCCUGCUUGUCUGACAGCUAUUUGUCAUCAAAUCAAUGCCAUGUUUAUCUGUUCUCCCCGCUUUAUGAACGUUUAUCAACGCAAAUAAAUGUGAUUACGUCCUACAAGAAAUGGAUUAAUGAUUUCCCUUUUUUCAUAUACCAUUAUCAUUCAGAGACCUUUCAUUGUUGUGACUACCGGAUACUAUCACAGUUGGUAGGUUUUCAUCAUAAUUAGCAGUGUUGACUGCUAUUAAUGCAACAUAAAUCACUGUUAAAGUCAAUUACCGUUGAUCGUGAUUUCAUCGACAAGUUGACUAAACGAAAGCAAUUUAUGUUCUUUCAUGAAAAUCGUUCUCAUUUUAUCCCAUCUUCGGUUGUAUAUCGGUCUGGGACAACCAAGGACGAUUGACAAGUUCACUUAUAACCUCGUUCGUCCUGCAACGUGAAUUUAAUAAAAGUUAAAAUGUUCGUAGACUUUGGGCAACUGUGAACUUGUUAGUCGUCCUUGGUUGUCAUAGUUAGACAUAUAGCCGAAGGUGAAAUAAAAUACGAAUAUGGGAUUCUUUGACUGUUAAUAUGGUAGUGUGUUGUGUUCAUCUGGAUUUCGAAAGUUAACUGAUAUAUGACUGUCAAAACCUCGAUAAAAACUAAAGACCUUGGUGAUUCAUCCGUAUUUCUAACAUGGGGGAACAUCACAGGAAACACAUAGAUGGAAAAAAGAUCAAUAUUCUCAUCAUAUGGUGCUUUGGGAUAUUCGUCCGUCCGUGAUGAUAUUGCCUAAAAACUAAUCCAUAUAGCUCAAUGGCUGAUAUUAGUAAAUCGCUUGAUGACAAUGUUGUCAUUUCACGUCGUACGUUGAACACAUUUGGUGGCGUGUUUUGCUCUGUAACAUUAUCCCAGUUCAGUAGUGUGAUAUUUCUACGUUUAGGGUUUAUUAUUGCUCACGCUGGUUUGCUGGAAAGUAUAUUACAACUAUUUCUAUCCUAUUUCAUCCUGUUGCUGACUGUAUUUUCUAUAUGCGCAAUUAGUACAAAUGGAGCAGUUGAAGGAGGAGGUGUAUAUUUCAUGCUUAGUAGGACUUUAGGUCCUGAAUUCGGUGGAGCUAUUGGAUCGAUAUUUUUCCUCGCACAAGUUUGUAGUGCUGCUUUGUAUAUAGCGGGAUUAGUGGAAGCUGUGCUCAUAAAUUUUGGUCCUGGAGGUAUUUUAUUCGAUGGGGUACUACCUGGUGAAAAUCACUGGUGGAGUUACCUGUAUGCCAUAGUUAUUCUUGCACUUUGUACGUCUAUCCUAUUAAUUGGUAGUCAAAUGUUUGCUCGUGCUCUGUACUUUAUUCUUGCAGUUGUGGUUAUUGUUAUUAUCUGCGUGUUUGCUAGUUUUUUUCUACAACCAAAAUUAAUACCUUUGCCAAGAUCUAAUUCGCUUAUCUAUAAUUUAUCGACACCAAAUAAUGUAACUAUAUUUGCCGAGUUUACUGGCUUAAAUGGGAAUACAUUCAAAGAAAAUAUUUAUCCUAUGUAUUCAAUUGAUUAUACUACUGGUUCAUUGACGUCUUUCGUCAUUGUUUUCUCCGUAUUAUUUUCUGGUGUAACUGGGAUAAUGAACGGUGCAAAUGUGUCUGGUGAAUUAAAGAAUCCUUCUCGUUCAAUCCCUUUGGGAACUCUAUCUGCUUUACUUUGUACAUUGUUAAUUUAUCUCAUUAUGAUGAUAUUCUCGGCUUCUUCUAACAGCCGAUAUCUGUUAUUAAAUAACAAUAUAUUUAUGCAAUCAAUUAGUUUUUGGCAACCAAUCGUUGUAAUAGGUGUUUUUGCUACUACAUUAUCAGCAGCUUUAGGCAACCUUAUUGGAGCUUCACGUAUAUUGGAGGCAAUAGCUCGUGACGAAUUAUUUGGUCGACUUCUCCAUCCAGCAAAAUGGACCACAAAACGUGGAAAUCCGAUAGUGGCAGUCCUUUCUGCUGCGUUUCUUUGUUUGUUAAUUUUACUGAUUGGUAGAUUAAAUGCUAUCGCUCCACUUGUAUCUGUUCUAUUUUUACUGGCUUAUGCUUCGGUGAAUUUGGCCUGUGCUGGUUUAGAUGCUGCCUCACCACCAAAUUUCAGACCAACAUUUCGUUAUUUUAAUUGGAUCACUUCAAUUUUGGGAAUGAUUGGUUGUUUCAUUAUGUGUUUAUUAAUUCAACCAAUUUAUACGGUAGUCGCAAUCAUUGUUUUAGGUCUACUUGUAUUUUCAUUAUAUCAGCGGCAUUUAGAAUCGUCAUGGGGUAAUAUUGGACAAGCGCUUCUAUUUCAUCAAAUCCGUAAAUAUUUAUUAUUGUUGGAUUCUCGUAAAGAUCAUGUUAAAUACUGGAGACUCCAAUUACUGUUACUUGUUGCAAAUCCACGUUCGUCAGCCUCACUUGUUCAAUUUAUGAAUAGUUUGAAAAAAGGUGGUCUUUAUGUAGUUGGUCAUGCAAUUUGUGGUGAUCCAGAUGAGUUCGUCGACCAAUCGGAUCCAUGUCUAAAUCAGCGUUGGUAUUGGACACAAUACGUGAAAUAUUUGAAAACUAAAGCAUUUGUAGAAAUAACAAUUGACCGAAGUGUACGCAGAGCGAUAUCACAUCUUAUUCGAAUUUCUGGUUUAGGUGCAAUGCGUCCAAAUACAGUGUGUUUGGGAUUUUAUGAUGAUAAGCCAUCAAUUGAUGUUUUAGCUAGGAUUUGGAAAGAACGUAAAGUGAAAAAAUUCAGUUCAUGGCCAAAUCAUAUUCAUUCAUAUAAUUCCACAGAAUUAAUCAUUAAUAAUAAUGAUACCCAAACGACAAAUGCUUAUUUAAGCAGCAGUGAACUAUUAGCUAAUUUCGGUUCAGUUCCGAAUCAGGAUUCAAAUUCUAUUUUUGUCAAUCAGAAUAAUACAGAUAAUCAAUUUUAUGGUGACCAUCGUUCUAGUCGUCUUACCUCGCAGGAAUAUGUCAGCAUUAUUCGAGAAAUUCUCAAUAUGGAGACCAAUGUUGUACUUGCUCGAAAUUUCGACAAAGUAAUUUUUGAUGAAGGUAUGUCUGGUUGGGAUACAACUCGACGCUAUUUCCAUAAUAUUUUUCAUGCAAAUAAUCGUUCACAACGGUUAAAUUCAAAUUAUAAUAACGGUUAUAAUGCAGGUACAGUGAUGGAUGUUACUAAUUCAAUGCCUGAAAUUAAUCCAUAUAUAGUAGACACUUCAAAAGCUAUAUUCUUUGAUAUAUGGCCAAUUAAUCUACUUGAAUUUUAUGGUGAAGAUUUAAAUCUACCGUCAUCUUCAUCCCACGAAGGAAUUUACAAACAAGUGAUUGAUCGUACUGGUCUUUUCCUCUUACAACUUGCCUGUUUAGUCGCUAGAUCACCCUAUUGGCGUAAACGUCGUCAUCCACCAAAACUACGUGCAUUUUUUCCACAGUUUCGUACAAUGAAUCCACCUAAUGGAGAGGUUGUUACGGGAACUGACAAAGCACGUUCUCAAUUAUCAACUUUGUUGAGAGAUUUACGAAUUCCUGCAGAAAUACAUUUGGUUGAUAUGGAUAGUUCAGUGAUGAAAAAAAAUUCAAUGUUGAAAAAUAUUGAUGAUAAUAUUAAAGAUAACAGAAGAAUAAUCUGUUUAAACCAAUUAAUCCUGUCUUAUUGUCAUCCGAAUACAACAGCUUUAUUUCUCUAUUUGCCCAAACCAAGUUCAGAUUUAUCAUUAGCUGGUAUUUAUUUGAAUCGAUUGAAUAUACUAACCGAUACGUUACCGCCAACAUUGUUAGCUCAUGGUUUACAUGAGGUCACUUCAGCUGAACUGUAAUCAUUUAUUUUUAAUUUUGUGUCUUAAUAAGAGUUUAAAAAUGAGUGAGCAACAACAUAUGUAUUAUGUCAAUAGCUUGAUCUUUUUCCAUAACUAUCUAGUUGUUUUUUUCCCUUAUUGAAUUCAAUAUUAUUUAUUUGUCUGUUUGCGCAUACAUGUAUGUCCCUUUUGGAUCAAUACGGUGUUGUUUUGCCAAGUGUCUAUGUCUUAUUUACCAUUUCGUUAACGCAACAAGAUUAUAGUUGCCUUCCUUCAGUAUUUUUCUUAUGUUCACAUUUCUAUGUAUGGCUAACAAUUUCACAGUAAUUUUUAUUGUCAGUAGUGAGAUUCAACCAAAUGAUCAUUACUUUAUUAAUAAGCAUAAACUGAGUCAUAAAAAUCUAUGAUUACAAAGCGUUUAUCACCAGAUAAAUGAUGAAAGUACAGUUUUUGCUAUUCAUAUCUUACUAAAUAAAUAAUUUCUCACACGCAUUGUUGGUUGUUUGAAGCCUAAAUUUGUUAGAUUGAGCAAUGAUUAAGAACAGUUACAAUUCUUCUACUAAAAAACACUUUGUUUCAAAAGUUAGUAUUUACCAUUACUUCAAUUGAGUGUUUAAUUCUUAUUGUGAAUUAAAAAUAUAAUUAGUCUAUGUUGAAUUACAUAUAUUAACACACACACGUGAGGCAUGUUUAUGAACAAGUCUGUUCAUGUUCCAAUCAUCAAUACAAUGUGCUUCGUUGACCUAAUUGCUAUUUGUAGGUGUAUUUUGAUAAAUAAUGAUGAUUAGAGAAUAAGAAAUUGGAUAGAAAAUCAAAAGAUAAACAGCAACAUCUAAAUAGCAUGUUGAUUCAUGAACUUUAUUAAUUGUCUAAAUGUAAUCAACCUAAUUAAAUUUAAUCCUUUCUUUUCUCACUUUUUUAUAUUGUCGUGUUUAUGUGAUUUUAACUAAAUUAAUGGAUUUUGUAUUUUAAUAGAUGCGUAUUCAUUGAUCUCUUCUAAUCAGAAUUUUCUAUUUUUGGUCAGCUACAAUUUCUUUCUUUUAAAUUACGAUAAAUACAAAUAUAAACAGUGACAACUAAUUAAAACAUUUAUUAUAACAGAAAUGUUCGUUUUGUUUAUUGCGUAACCGAUGAUGUUAGUUAUUAGCAAUAACUGAUGUUCAUAUAUUCAUGAUACAAAUUAUUUACUUGG